GACUCGAUUCGUCAGUCGCAGAAGUAUCAACAUUUCUGUUCAGUAUGAUUCUCAGUAGCUACAGCCGGUGUAACGAUGUUCAACUUAUGCCGCUCUUCUUAAUCGAGAGAUAACAGUGUUUUUUUCCGAAAUGAUCAGAACGCCGGUAAGCCAAGAGAAGAGGCCGAUAGUAGGCUUUUCCCGGUGGUGUGCUGCUGUUGUGUUUGUGAGUCUCGUUUUUCCAAUAGUGGCAUUUGAUGUUCACCUAUUUCGGCAGGAAAACACACCGGGGAGAAUGGUAUUUAAUUGCAGCACUAUUGAAGGUAGGCGAUAUUUUUUAGAAAAUUCAUCUCCUUUAGUUUCUCAGUAUUUUCAAAUUGAACCUGUAACCGGAGAACUUUAUCUAAAAGCCACGUUUCCUUGUUUACAAAAUGCUAAGAAAAAAUAUCUUUCAAAUCCUGUCUUAAUUUUCGUUGGGUCCAAACGUCCCCCGGCCAGUUCGUCCGUAGUAAAUUAUGUUAGUAUUCCAGUAUUCCUCCAUUUUAAAGAUAUUAAAUGCACACAAAAUGAUAAUGAAUUUCACGAAAUCAACAAUGAUUCUUUGGAAGCUGAGGUUGAAAUUGUAGAUACGGUAAACAAAAGUAAUUCAAGUACUGGUAGUCAUAUUAUUUGUUGGGAAAAAAGUCAAGAAAUUUUAGGACUGUCUCAGAUCCUUCCUUUAACUCAAUUAAGAAGAUGUGACAUUCUUUGGGAUCAGCCAAUCCAAGAAGGUUAUUCUAUAGAAAUAAACGGAGGACAGUUAGUAGCCAAUAAAAACUUUUGCUCAAAUGCACUUAGGUGGACUGUAGAUUUUAAAUUUCACGUGACCUGUAGUGACAACUCUUAUAGGCAGUCUGUACGUUUGUAUUUUCAACGAGUAUCUCAAAAAAAUUCGCAAUCGUUAAUACAUCGGGAUAGAUCCCGCCGGUCGACUUUAAAUCAAUCGCCAGUCUUUGAAAGCGCUUUAUAUAAAGUAACUGUCCCAGAAGAAGUCGAAGGUGGUUACUCAGUAGUAAAUGUUUCAGCUGUUGAUCCGGAUGGAGAUCAGGUUAUUUACACACUGCAGGCUGCUCUGGAUUCUCGAAGUCAGAGACUUUUUGAAAUCGAUAGCGUUUCGGGACAAGUUAGAACAACUACUCACUUAGAUAGGGAGUUUAUGAAUGUACAUUAUUUGCGAGUAACGGCAGCUGAUGACCGUUUACCACCUAGUAUAGGAACAGCAACAGUUGAGGUGUUAGUGAGUGACCGUAAUGAUCACACACCGGUAUUUGAACAAGCUACUUACAUUGCAUCCGUCCGCGAAAUGAGUCCAAUUGGUUCGACGGUGAUAACUGUCAGAGCAACUGACCAGGACAUUGGGGAGAAUGCUGAAAUGGAAUAUAGCAUUCUUAAUCCGACAGGUGACAACGGUGUGUUUCAAAUUGACCAAAAUACCGGAGUGAUUACUUUGGGGAAAAAGCUCGAUAGGGAGACAACUGCCUUUUAUUCUCUGUUAGUGCAGGCCACAGAUAAGGGGGAAGAUCCUGAGCAGAGGUCAUCUAUAGCAACUGUCGAAAUUACAGUGUUGGAUGAUAAUGACAACUAUCCUCAAUUUACUGAAAGAACUUACUUGAUCGAUGUACCUGAGGAUAUUGAAUGGACUGUUCGACCUGUCGUUGCAGUUGUUAGAGCGGAAGAUAAAGAUCAAGGAGUGAAUGCAGCAAUUCGCUAUGCAAUUAUCGGAGGUAACACUCAGGGACAUUUCAAUAUUGAUUCGCAAAGUGGUGAAAUAUCUGUUGUUUCUCCUUUAGAUUAUGAGACAGCGCGGAGUUAUCGACUUAUUGUAAGAGCGCAAGAUGGGGGACAACCUUCACGUUCGAACACCAGUAACGUUAUUUUAAGAGUGCUGGAUGCUAAUGACAAUGAUCCUAAAUUUUAUACUUCUCUUAUUCAGGAUUCUGUUUCUGAAGGCGUUCCAAUUGGUCAUAGUGUACUUCGAGUUCAAGCUUACGAUGCUGAUGACGGUCCUAAUUCUGAAAUUGUUUAUUCUAUUUUGCCUACUGAGCAGGUUUUACCGUUUGCGGUAGAUCGAAUGUCUGGGUGGAUUUUAACAACAAAUGAAUUAGACAGAGAGCAAAAUUCUUUUUAUGAUUUUGAAGUAAUGGCUAAAGAUAGGGGAUCUCCAUCUAGAUCAUCAACCGCUUCAGUAAUUAUUCGUGUGCAAGACGUUAAUGAUAACGAUCCAGUUUUUGACCCUAAAGUUUAUUCUGCUUCAGUAUCGGAGAUAGAUCCACCAGGAACUCCAGUUGUUGGAGUAACUGCUACAGAUCGCGAUGAAGAACCUCGUCUUAUUUAUCACAUAAGCGAAGGAAAUCACAGAGGACGAUUUAACAUCAUACAUCAAAAUCGAGAAGGUUUAAUAUCUGUAGCGCAGCCAUUGGAUUACAAGACUGACAAGAAAUUUAUAUUGACUGUUACAGCUACUGAUGCUGGAGGGCGGUUUGACACUGCUACUGUACACAUCAAUGUGACCGACGCUAAUACCCAUCGCCCUGUAUUUGAAAAAGUUCCAUAUACUGCAAGCGUUCCUGAGGACGCUGCUAUUGGAACAACUGUACUAGUAGUUGAGGCUUCUGAUGGAGAUGUUGGAGAAAAUGCUAGAAUCUCAUAUUUUAUUGAAGACAAUCCUGAAUUCACAAUUGAUUCAACAACUGGUGCGAUAUCUACCUCCCAACCACUCGACCGAGAACUUACAGCUGGUUUUGUUUUAGUUGUCACUGCUCAAGACCAUGGGAGUCCCAGUUUGUCUGAUACAAUUAACGUUGAAAUCGAAGUUCUUGAUGUAAAUGACAAUCCUCCGACUUUUGUAUUGCCUUCUUAUGCUGCUUCUAUCCGAGAGGACGCUUUGGUUGGUUCCAGCGUCAUUCAAGUAUCGGCUUCUGACAAAGAUAUUGGACUCAGUGGACAAGUCAGAUAUACUUUUAGUGGAGGUGAGGAUGGUGAUGGUGCUUUUAUUGUUGAACCAACGUCAGGAAUCAUAAGGACAAAUCAGUUACUUGAUCGUGAAUCUGUGCCCUUAUACAGACUUACUGUUUAUGCUGUGGAUAGAGGUGCCACUCCUCUUUCAUCUGCAGCGACAGUAACUGUUAACAUAGAAGAUGUGAAUGACAAUCCUCCAAGAUUUGACAUAGAUGUUGUCAAAUUGUUUGUGUCUGAAAAUAGUCCAAUAGGGUCAUUAGUUGGAGAAAUUAUGGCAACGGAUCCAGAUGAAGGCCCGAAUGCUGAUAUAUUUUAUAGUAUUGUUGGUGGACCAGAUGCUGAUAAGUUCAAUUUGCUUUCGAGGAAUGGUGGACCUGCUGAACUUUACACAAAAACUUACUUAGAUUAUGAGACUAGCAAAAAGAAAUAUGCUGUUGUUGUAAGAGCGGCUUCACCACCUUUAAGAAAUGAUGUAGAAGUCAAUGUCUGGGUAACUGACGUUAAUGACAAUGCACCACGUUUACGUGACUUUGUUAUAGUAUUUAAUCAUCACAAAAGUCACUUUCCAAAGAAUCCUAUUGGGAAAGUUCCUGCAUACGAUGCAGAUGUGACUGACAGACUUCGUUAUAAAUUUAUUUCUGGCAAUAAUGCAAAUUUAUUGAUACUGAAUGAAAAAACUGGAGAACUUUCUCUUAGCCCACAUCUGGACACAAAUGUGCCUCUACAUGCAACAAUGGAAGUCAGUGUCUUCGACGGAAUCAAUGAAGUCUCAGCCCAAUGCCAAUUGAUUGUGCAACAUGUGACAGAUGCUAUGAUGUUCAACAGUGCUACAUUACGUUUACAGCGAAUGACUGCUGUCACUUUUCUGUCCCCGAUUUUUGAAGAUUUUGUCGAAGGAUUAGCUGCCAUCAUUCCUUGUCCAAAGGAAAACAUUUUUAUUUUCAGCAUACAAGAGGAUAACACUUCAGAAGAACGAAUUUUGAAUGUCAGUUUUUCAGCCAAACCCGUUGACGCCCGUCACCCGGAAACAUUUUUUUCGUCUCAGUACUUACAAGAGCGAGUUUACUUAGGAAGAGCUAUUCUUGCAAGAUUAACCCAUGUUCAUGUUCUGCCAUUUGAAGACAACUUAUGUGUUAGAGAGCCUUGCAUCAACUUUGAGCAAUGUCUAUCAGUUUUGAAAUUUGGGAAUGCAUCCGAUUUCAUCUCAUCCGACAUGUACUUUUUCCGGUCCAUCAUUCCAAUCAACACAUUUGCUUGUAGAUGCCCGCCUGGAUUUACAGGUAUGAAGCACAAGUACGAAUGCGACACAGAAGUGAAUCUUUGCUAUUCGAGUCCUUGUUUGAAUGGCGGAACAUGUGUCAGGAGAGAAGGUGGAUUUUCUUGUCUUUGCAAGGAAGGAUUCACCGGUCAAAAAUGCGAAGUGGAUCUUUUUAAUAGCAGUUGCCAUCCAGGACUUUGUCAUAGUAGGUCCCAAUGUGUUUCUACUAAUUCUGCUAUCAGCUGCAAGAACUGCUCAUCGGAAGCUUGGAGCUCUAUUAUGUGCGAACUUCGAGCUCGAAGUUUUGAGAGAGGAACUUAUUUAACUUUUCCUGCUCUGAGGCAAAGGCACAGAUUAUCGAUUUCCAUGAAGUUCGCCACCCAAGAAAGGCAUGCUCUUCUUCUCUACAAUGGUCGAUACAACGAUGAGCACGAUUUUAUAUCAUUAGAAAUUAUCAAUGCACAGUUGGUGUUCUUUUUUUCAUUGGGUGGUCACGUCUCUCAAGUACCCACUUUUGUGACGGGAGGAGUAAGCGAUGGUCAGUGGCAUAAGGCUGAAAUCACAUAUUUCAAUCGAAGUGCUACAUUGAGUGUAGAUGACUGUGAUGUCGGCCUGUCUCUUAAGUAUGGGAAGCAUCUCAAGAACUAUCUUUGUGCCAACGUUACAACGAGAAGGUUAGAAAAACGAUGCUCAGAUUUCAUACAAAGCUGCUACCGAUUCUUAGAUCUGACUGGUCCCCUACAAAUUGGUGGAUUGCCUGCUCUUCAAAGUGAUUUCCAAGUCUUAAACAAAUAUUUUGUAGGUUGUAUAAUGGAUUUGUAUGUAGAUAACCAGCUUGUUGAUCUUAAUAGUUAUGUGGCAAACAACGGUACCGCCAUUGGAUGUCCUCAGAAGAUUGGUUUCUGCCAUUCUUCACCUUGUAAAAAUGGCGGAACGUGUUUUGAAGGUUGGGGUUCGUUUUAUUGUUCUUGUCCAACGGGAUUCAUUGCAAAAGACUGCAGCGAAGGUGUCCAACUGUCUAAACACUUUAUGGGCGAUGGCUUUAUAGUGUUCAUUCCACAUUUACAUCCUAUACAGUUGCCUUGGGUUCAAAGAGUUUCAUUCAGGACUCAUCAUGACCAUGGUCUUUUGUUACAAAUUAAACUUGGCCAUAAUAGUUUGAUUCUCAUAGAUAUUGUGGAUGGUUAUCUGCGAUACAUAUUUAACAACCAAGAUCUGAUUUUACCUGAUGUCACAGUUAACGAUGGAAAAUGGCACAGUGUUGAAGCUACUUGGUUUCCUAACUGGCUGCUUUUAUCCUUAGAUUAUGGGCAAUAUAUUGUAAAAAAGAUUAUGAAGGCAAAUAUUAGAGGAAUGUAUAUCGGGAAAGUUUCAGUUGGUGGAGUUGAAAAUCCUGAUGAUGAAGGCAAAAUCGCAUUCUUCAUUGGAUGUAUACAGGAUGUAAAAAUUGGAACGAGUCAAGGCACUUGGUUGCGCCCAAUGGUUGAAGUGAACGUUAGGGAUGGAUGUUUCUCGCCGGAUCAAUGUUUUUCAAAUCCUUGCCCCCCUAACAGCCGAUGCAUCGAUCACUGGGGAAAUUAUUCAUGCGAAUGUUAUGACGGCCAUUUUGGUAAGCAGUGUCUGCCUGUUUGCCAACUCAAUCCUUGUAGUGAGUCAUCUACCUGUGAAGCUGUUAUACCAAGCAUUAUGAAUCAAACCAAGAAAAAAACGUAUCACUGUAAAUGUGACGCCCAGCACACUGGUGAUUAUUGUGAAAUUAAUCUAGAUACGCCUUGUCCUUCAAACUGGUGGGGGUAUCCUAUAUGUGGCCCUUGCCAGUGUGAUAUAAACAAGGGUUACAGCGCCGACUGCAAUAAAACUACUGGCGAAUGUUAUUGUGAAGUGAAUCAUUUUCAACCGCGUGACAGUGCUGUAUGUUAUAGCUGUAAUUGCUAUGCAGUGGGAUCUUAUGGAAAUGGUUGUGACCCUGUGAGUGGACAAUGUCAUUGUCGCCCUGGUGUUAUUGGUCGACGGUGCGACUCUUGUUCGAAUCCCUUUGCUGAAGUGACUCUUCGAGGAUGUGAAGUGGUGUAUGACAGCUGUCCUAAAGCUUACAGUAGGGGAAUAUGGUGGCCUCGAACACUUUUUGAUGAAAUUGUGGAACAAGACUGUCCUGAAGGCUCUGUCGGAACAGCAACUCGUUUCUGCAGUGAACAGCAUGGUUGGGGAGAACCAGAUCUUUUCGGAUGCACUAGUUUGUCAUUUGUGGAAUUGGCAGAUCAGUUAGGAAAUCUUCAGAAAGGAUUGAUGGAACUGAACACUUCGUUAGUUGUUGAAUACGCACACCAAUUGCAAACUUCUGUGAAUAAGACUUUUCCAUUAUAUGGAAAUGAUGUUUUGAUUUUCAGUCUUUUCUUUCAUCAGAUUAUACAGCAUGAAAAACAAAAAGCUGGUCUCGAUCUUAGCCAUAGACAAGACCGAUAUUUCAUAAAAAAUCUUAUUCAUGCUGCAAAUGCGGUACUAGAUCCGAUUUAUUUGGAUCACUGGAAUCAAAUUGCCGCUUCAACCGGGCGAGGAAUAGAGAUGAUCAUGGAUUCAUUUGAAGAAUACUUACGUGUGCUUAUUAAACACUUUGCUGAUACAUUUACCAGGCCAUUCGAACUAAAUGAAAAGAACAUUGUGUUUGGGGUUGAUACCGUUUCAUCAUCUGAUGUAUGGAUUCCAUCAGAUACUCAAAAUGCUGAAAAUGAGACUAAGAAUCUGGAUGUAUCUCCAUUUGUGGAACUGCAUGCUACUGAUGGAGCACAGAAACCGUCUGUCAUUUUUCCUAAAUACAACAAUUAUCCCAUUAGAGAAAAUUUUGAGAGCCACUCAGCCGAAAUAAUUCUUCCUCUUAAGAGUAUUGGAAUUAAACAUUUUGAUGAUACCACUAAUAAUCAUGUUGGCUCGUAUAAGAAAAAUGCUGUUGUGGGAUAUGUAAUAUAUUCUACAAUGGGACAACUUAUUCCAACUGUAUUUGAUGAUUCAGUGAGCUUUCAUGGAAUUCCUGUUGGUGUUAAUGCUCCGAUUUUGACUGUCGUUGUCCAAUCAAUUAACACUUCUGACGACCAUUCUGGACAACAUUUAAAUGCAAGAUUGCGCUUUCGAGUUUUUAAUUCGACUGGAACUAGUCCUCAAUGUGUCUACUGGAGUACCAACGAAAACCGGGGCCACUGGUCCAGUGAAGGAUGUAAAGUUGAAUCAUAUAUACCUGAUAGUCCAUACGUCAAUUGCAGUUGCAAUCAUUUAAGCAGUUUCACUGUAAUAAUGGAGAAAAGUCAUAACGAGUUUGUUCCCUCUGAAUCUCUUGUACAGAAUGUGGUUUCGUAUCUCGCUAUUGUCACAUCACUAGUUCUCCUGGCGUUGACGUUUCUGGUUUUCUGUUUAUUACGUGGCUCUCAGACGAACAGCAAUACAAUUCACAUCUGCCUUGUCAGUUGUAUAUUUGCCGCGGAACUCAUUUUCUUGAUUGCUCUUAAAUCGAGACAUACCCUUGUUUUUCAGCAGUUUCCAUGUAAAAUGGUUGCCAUUCUAUUGCACUUUUUGUUCCUUGCAAUCUUCUCUUGGCUGCUAGUCGAAGCAAUUCAUAUUUUUAGAAUGAUGACCAAUUUGUGUGACAUAAAUCAUGGCCCCAUGCAUUGUUAUUUUUCAAUAGGAUUUGGUGCACCUGCUCUAAUUGUUGGAUUGUCUGUUGGUGUUAGCGUUGAUCAAUAUGGAAAUCACUUUUUUUGCUGGCUAUCUGUGCAUGAAAAUGUGGUUUGGAGUCUAGUCGGCCCUGUUUGCGUUAUCGUUGUUGUUACCCUGUUUGUGUUUAUAGCAGCCUUGAAAUCAAGCCUGCAAUGCAAAGAUUCUAUAAUGGAUUUCGGUAAUUUAAAGACUUUACUUUGGUUAGCUGUGAUAUUACUCCCUAUUCAAGGUUCAACUUGGGUUCUCGCUAUUCUUUCUGUUAAUGAAACACACGCAAUUCUUCAGUAUGCUUUCUCCUUCUUUUGCCUGUUAGAAGGGGUAUAUAUCUUUGUUGGCUACUGUGUAAUAAAUAAAAAGGUGCAACAACAAAUUUGUUUCAUGUGGUUCAGACUUUGUAAAAGCAACAAAUAUCCAGAAAUAAAUGGUAUUCAAUCAUCUUUGCAAUCUUCAGCGUAUCACCCUUCAUCUAAAAUUUAUCACAGAAGCAUCGGAAUUUCGACUUCAUCGGCUACUAGCAGAUCUACAUCUAAAACAUGCACUAGUCAUUGCCGAGCUGAAUCUGAGCCAAAGUUAUCUGAAAAUCAGCCUUCAACGUCAGAGUUCGACGAAACGACUGUAAAUAAAGGCAUUUAUUGCAAACAUGGAAAAUACUACGAACAAAUUUUACGAAAUAGUGAUUAUGAACAAAAUAAAGGAUCAGUUAAGUCAUGUUUGGAUGAUAUCUUAAAUGGUAAUCAUUCACAUACAGCCACUCCAGGCCAACCAAGUUUAACUACAGAGCCAAAAGAGGGAAAAUCUCCUGAAGCACUGAAAUUUUCUGAAUAUGCAGAAUCUACAUCUUCUGGUCCUAAGAUGGGUGUAAACAUGUUUUCUUAUCCUCGGCUUCCAGGAUCACGAUCUCCUUUGAGUAAAACAUCCUUAUCUUUAAAAAUGGGCCUCGGCUCAAAGGAUCACAGCAUGAGCUGGGGUAGUGCCGACAGCCAAAAGUCAUCUCCUUUAUCAGCACCAGUGAGUAAUGUUCGUCCGGAAUUUUGCAUCCCUCGAAUGGGUGUUAGCGGUGUGGAAAAGUCAAUGCAUUCAGCAAGAGACAUGUUUGCUGAAACAAAUAGUCUCGAUUCUAACUUACAUUUAGGUAGUGUCAACAAAACUGAUUUUAAAACAGGUAUAUGUUCAUCAUGUAGAUCUCAAAGUCUAUCUAAAGACACUUUUAGUGAUUUUAGCAGUACUGAUAUACCACAAUAUGAUGGAUGCUCUAAAUCGUGCUAUAAAGGCACUCCAAAUGUAAAUAAAAAACAUGUUCGUUUAUCAAAAGAGAAGGAUUUCAAUUAUGGCAAGAAAAGCCUAUAUAAUUGUCGUUCCGAGGAAGACUGUGACAGAAUCAAACAUCUCCAUUCUGUAGAUCCAGAAAAAAGUUUGCAUCGUAUUCUGAAGAAAACAAAAUCUGAAAAUGAACUGAAGACUGAUACAGGAAGAUCUCUGAAAGAUAUAAAGCCAAGUGCUGAAGAUUCGAAAGAAUUAGAACCUAUUCCUAUAAAUCAAUGUGAAGCGUCUCCUGUCUGCACUCAAAGUACUCCAGAUACUGCUUCCUGUCUUGAUCGAGCGUCUCCCAGAUUGAUUGAUGAUAGUCCAAGUGAUGAAGAAUCACCUUCAAACAUAACAUUAAGUUCAAACCGUUUUCGAAACGGCUCUUCCAUUAAUAACAGAGUGGGUGAAUCCAGUAAUUCAUUUCAAAUAGGUGGCAGGCAUUUUAGGACUGCUCCUCCAUUAGCUACUGCUGAAAUUACUGACUCUGACUUUAGUGGAGCAAUGGAAACUGCUGUUUGAUGUGAAGCUGGUAUAAAUAUUCUUACAGUACAUGCAUGCUGUGUUCCUUUGCCAAAACUUUUCAGCUUGAGCUUCUGGAUUUUUAAAAUUACAUAACCAAUUAAAGUAGACGUAGAUGACUUGUACUAUACCUACAUAAAAUAAAAUCUAAUAGCAGCAUAUAUAAAUAUAUAAAAAAUUUACCUUAGAAUGUGGCAGGGAAAAAUGAAGAAAAGUUUUAUAGAUGAUAUAAGAUACGGCUUAUGGUGAUUGCCAAAAGAUGAAUUAUUCCUGUACAUCUGUAAUGUUAAUUUUGUUCUUAAGAUUCUAUUGUUGGAUAACGCAGGGUGCUAUUUUUAUACACAAUGGGAUUCUUUUGAGAAUAAUUGUUAUGAUUAUUCAUGUGUGAUGAAUGUCUUCAAUGUUACGUCUUUGAUAGUUAUAUUUUUUUGUAAAUUAUUUAGUCAGAUAUAAUCAAUCAGUAUUAUUUAAGUAUGUUAUGUAUGGAAAGGACAUAUAAUUAUAUAUGCAUGACUGAAAUAUAUAAUUGUAUUUAAUAAACAAAUAAGAACUGUGUGUAUUCUAGUCAUAUGUGAAAUGAUAUUUAUUAGCCGUGCUAAAUGUGUUUUGAUCUUAGAGACGCAUUUUUUAUGAUAAAAAAUGCAAAAUAUCUGUAUUUAUUAGUAAUUAUUUUAAUCUUAGAGAUGCAUUUUUUAUGAUAAAAAGUUUAAAAUGUCCAUAUUUCAGUUGUUCCACUACUAUA